UUUAAAUAGGAUAUGGACAUAUGACUCAUCAACUCCGGCAUCUAGAAAUGCAACCAUUUAUUGUGGAGCCAAAAUUAUGUCACUUGACUGGGAAUGUAAAUCUGACCGAUUGCUUCUCAUAGCCACUGCUGAUGGAGGCAUUAAAGCAUGGAAUGUCGAUGCAAAGAGAGUUGUCUGCGAUCUUAAUACGAGUGAAGCAUUUCCAAGUGUCUUGGAUAUAAAAUGCAGCCCUGUAGAGCCAAUAUUUGUUUCUGCAGCAGCAUCCAAGGGGCAUGGAUCAAGUCACCUUGAUAUUCUCGGGUUCGCUUCAUUAACUGUGUGGAACAUGAAGACAUGGAAGGCUAUGACAGUUCUUCCUCUUGGUAAAGAUCCACCUGCAAUUACAUCCUUUAGUUUCAAUCACAAUGGAAAGAUUUUAGCAGCCGCUGCAACUGAUGGAAUGAUUCACAUGUUUGAUAUGUCUGCCGGUCUACAAAUAACUGGGUGGCCAGCACACGACUCUGCUAUAAGCUCCAUUCUUUUUGGGCCUGAUGAGACAAGUAUUUUCAGUUUGGGAGUAGAUGGAAAGGUUCUUGAAUGGAGCUUGCAAAACCAAGGUCAAAUCCUUUGGUCAAGAAACUGUAGCAGACAUGAAAUGGCUUUAGAUGCUAAUGGGAGGAGACUGUUGGUAACCUCUGGUUCAGUAAGAGCACCCAUAUAUCAGGUUCGGGGUCAUGCUAUUGGGUUGAGAACUCUCCUACACAGUGCAGCAAUAACUACUGUGGAUUGGCACCCAACUUUGCCUCUAUUCAUAACAGGAUCAGCUGAUAACUCUGUCCGAGUCACAUCUAUGUCAUAAAGGUUUCACUCUGGCUUUCAUCUGAGCAGGCUGUCUUGUAUUCUUAUGCUGGAUUAGCUCUUGGAGAGUUGCGAAAGGAAAAUAAUUCCUAAGAAGCCUUUGGCCAGUAACUAAUCCACCUUCAAGUCAAGAACAUCUUUUACAUCCUCAACUUUUACAGAAGCCUCUCCGCCCAUUCCUUGCUCGAGGGUAUUUUGAAGAUGUAGGAGUGUAAAAUGUGAUUCCAUUAAGGACGUCGUGUCCUUUUUGUAAUAUGUUGUAGAUUAUGAAUAUAUAGUGGGAAUGUGGAGUUUUUGUAUU